UGACAACCCCGUAAAAUAACAACAGAUACGGAUAAACAUAUUGCUUUUGCUUAUUUCCUUCGAUUUUGGUUUAUUGUUUUGCCAUUAAAAGCAAUGUUAACAAAAGUAUAAUAAUGUAAUAGUUCUUUAACAGGUACAUGACAAAUAAAGGCAGCUGAUUAAUAAAAUAUUAAAUCGUACUAACGUUCAUCUCUAAAAACUACAAUUAGAGGGAACAAGUUAAUUCACAAAAUAAUGACUUCGACUAUAUUAGCUCAAAAACUAUUAUCAGUCAAGCUUAGCUCGGGUGAAUUUGAGAAAAAUAAAUGGCUGUUAUUGAAUAAUAUGGAAGAACUCAACAGAGCCAAGUCAUCGCUGAAAAGGGUAAUAGAGAAACAGGAAGAAAAUAAAACAUGUCGGAUAUGCUUAAAAUCAGGCUACAGAAGAAUUUUUGGAGGGAAAGAUUUUGAUACUGUAAACAGUAUAAAAAAUAUACUCUUUAUACAUGUAUGUGAAAAUGAUGGUAAACCUCAGUAUAUUUGCCGGGCUUGUGAAGUUACCUUAUUGAAUGCUGAGCAGCUAAAACAAACAGCUGAAAUAACUCAAUGGAGAUUGCAACAAGAAUAUGAAAUGACCUCAAGUCUACCUAUGGAUACUGAUUUGAAGCGAAGCAAACAUGGCGGAUAUUUUAUAGAGCGAGGGUCUAAAGUGAUCAGAGAAUGGGCUUGUGGAAAAUGUCGACAGACAUUUGAUUCUCAGGAGCAGUUUACAGAGCAUGAGAAUCUGCUAACAUGUCAUAGUAUUACCACAUGUUUUGUGUGCGAGAUUUGUGGGCUUGCACUUAAAUCUAUUACCAGAUUAAAAAGGCACAGACUCAUUCACACGGGCGAGCUGCUUUACCCGUGUUCUCACUGCCCUUACCGCGCCCGCACGAAGUACGCGCUGCUGGUGCAUGAGAGAGCCCACACCGGCGUCAGGCCUAUUGCCUGUCCGCAUUGCCCCGCCAAGUUCCUUAAUUCGUCGAACUUAGCUUCACAUAAACGAAGGCAUAUGCCACCUGCUUACCAUUGUCAUUUGUGUGAUAAGAAAUUUAGAUUUAAGGAGACUCUACAUAAUCAUUUAGCAACAAAACACAGCACGGCUAAGCCUCACAUUUGCAGUUCAUGUGGAAAAGCCUUCUCAACCAGGAAAAUGAUAUGCAGACAUGAGCGUAGAGUUCACAAUCGUCCCAAGUUGCGGUCUGGAAUAUUGCCUACAUAUUUAAGACAGCAAAAUCCAACAUAAUACCUAAAAUCAGUGAAAUCCUGUGACUAAUAAAUAAUAAAAAAGUACAAAAUAUA